AUGUCGACGAAGCGGGUGCGCCGGGAUGCGCCCGGAGACGCGUCCGUGCUCCUCGCCCUACCCCUCGAGCUCCUCCCCGAGAUCUUCUCGCACUUAACAAGGCGUGAGGCGGCGGGCGCCAAAGGAACGUGUCGAGUUUUGCGGGACGUGUGCCGGUCGCUCGAGUCGGAGGAACCCGGACGCAAGCUUUACCACCGCCUUCGACUCAUGGUGGCGUGCUCGAGCACCGCGGAGGUUGUGGAGUUUUCACUGCGCGGACAAGACCCGCCGAAACGCGUGGCGGUGGGACGGGCGUGGGCAAAGUCCGACAAGGUGAAGCGAUUCAGGCGGAAAGACGGACCAUGGCUCACGGGCAUCGCGUUGUCUCCAGACGGAGACAGGCUAUACUGUCAAUGCUACCACGAGGUGGGCACGGUGGUCCUGGACGGCAAGACGCUCGAGUACAAGCGCAUGUACCUACCGCCCCAGAAGGAAUGGAGGUUUCCACCCGAACACCCGGACACUCCGUUAAUGCCCGGUGACUGGCAAAUCCAAGGCCCCGAGGGAAUCGCCUGCGCCGGCGACAAGGUGUACACGACCUUCGCGGACGGGAAGGUCGGGUGCAUAUACCUCAACAAAGCAAAGGCAUACGCGCCCAUGUCCCUCGCCGCCGGUUGGAUCGACAGGUACGUCCAUAAUCUCGGCUCUCUUUGGAUGGAGGGAACCGAUCCGAUCUAUGCGUUUUGCCAAACCGCCACAGCGCGACACUGCUGCGAAAUCUACGCGCGGCUCGGAGAAGUGUACGAACAGACGUGGCGACCCAACGCUCCGACCCCGAGUUGGAAACUCGCGGGACCGUGCUGUUUCCACAGGCACGCCCCCGGCGCGAUGCAGGAGCCAUACCACCAAGACAUGAUCGAACAGGGUUUAGAGGACAACGUCUUCAAGGUGUACGGAUACGUGGCGUGGGGAUGCGACGUCGGCCCGGACGGCGCGUUGUACGUCGCCGUCGAUCGCGAUCACCAACCGACGGGGAAUAACUACACGUUGCCGCCCGGGAAAUGCCCGAUCCCGACCUGCGAGCGGAGGAAGACGGGGGUGAUAAUGCGGGUGGUAUUCGCCGACUACCGCUCCGUGUCGUCCCAAGCCAUCAUCGGUCAGGAGUUUUACACGAAGGGCGAACACUUGGCGCGACCCAGCGGAUUGACGUUCACCCCGGACGGCGACAUGCUCGUGGCGUCGAUGGACGGGUGCGUCAGUAAGUUCGGCGGGCCGCGGAGCCCGAGGCGCGGCGAGUUCCUCGGGGUGUUUCACAGCCUGAAGGCUCGCGAUGAGCGCUACAUCGAAGGUAUGUCGAAGGAGAUCAAAGAGAUGGUCGACGAGGGAGGUGUUCCUGCGGGUUUGGCGACGUUGGGUUUGGAUAAAAUCCCGCUGCAGCCGCUCGACGUGUGGGCGCCGCGUCGCCAAGGAGGAAGGGUGUUCAUAUCGGUACACAGGGCGCUGGAAAAGAGCGAUCCUCUACGAGGGUGGUACGACGACGCCGGGGUGAUUGUGUGCGACGGGGCCGGGAACGAGAUCGACUUCAUCCGCGACCCCCACAUCGCGGAACACUGCAACAUGAUGACGGGCGAGUAG